UGGGCUGCACCCUCCCUCCCUGGCCCACUGCACACCCCGCGGAAAGCAGACUCUGUCCACCGAAUCACUCCCCUUUCGGACGGAGGGAGGGGACAGAGGGGUAACGAGCCCCUCUCUAUUUCAAAAAAGCAAAGGGAGAUCGUGGCAACUCCGCAGCCGCUCCCCCCCACUCCUGGACCAUGCCCCCCCGCCUCUUCCUGCUCGGCCACGGGCGAGGACUCGAUGUUCUGAGCUGAGCUAAAACUUGCUGCUUCUCCCCAACAACCGAAUCAUGCCAUGUGCCCAGAGGAGCUGGCUUGCAAACCUCUCCAUUGUGGCUCAGCUUCUUAAUGUGGGGACCCUUGGCUAUGGGAGACCAGCUCAGCCGGGCCCGGUGCGCUUCCCCGACCGGAGGCAAGAGCAUUUCAUCAAUGCCCUGCCAGAAUACCACGUGGUGGGUCCUGUUCGAGUAGACGCGAGUGGGCAUUUUCUAUCAUACGGUUUGCAACAUCUCAUCACCAACAGCAGGCGGAAGAGAGAUGUGGAUGGCCCAGAAGACCGGGUGUACUACCGAAUUUCACAUGAGGAGGAGGAUCUGUUUUUUAACUUGACGAUCAAUCAGGGAUUUCUUUCCAAAAACUACAUUGUGGAGAGAAGAUACGGGAACCUCUCCCAUGUGAAGAUAGUGACUUCCUCGGCACCCCCCUGCCAUCUCCAGGGUACAGUUCUGCAGCAAGGUACGAGGAUUGGGACUGCAGCCCUCAGUGCCUGCCAUGGACUGACUGGAGUUUUCCAUCUGCCACAUGGAGAUUUUUUUAUUGAGCCUGUCAAAAAGCAUCCACUGGCUGAGGGAGAGUACCACCCACACAUCGUUUACAGGAGGCAGAGGCGGGAAAUUCCAGAGAUGAAGGCGCCAACGUGUGGUUUAAGAGAUAGUCUUGGCAUCUCCCAGAAGCAAGAGAGACAGCAAGAGAAAUGGGAGAGGAACAGUUUGGCAAGCAGAAGUCUCUCUCGGCGUUCCAUCAGCAAAGAGAGGUGGGUGGAGACGCUGGUGGUGGCUGACACGAAGAUGAUUGAGUAUCAUGGGAGCGAGAAUGUGGAGUCCUAUAUCCUCACCAUCAUGAACAUGGUCACUGGGUUGUUUCAUAACCCAAGCAUUGGCAAUGCAGUUGACAUUGUUGUGGUUCGGCUCAUUCUGCUUGAAGAAGAAGAGCAAGGACUGAAAAUAGUUCAUCAUGCAGAGAAGACACUGUCCAGCUUCUGCAAGUGGCAGAAGAGCAUCAACCCCAAGAGUGACCUCAACCCCGCCCACCAUGAUGUGGCCGUCCUUAUCACCAGAAAGGACAUCUGUGCUGGUGUCAACCGCCCCUGCGAGACCCUGGGGCUGUCACACCUCUCAGGGAUGUGCCAGCCUCACCGGAGCUGCAACAUCAAUGAAGACUCUGGCCUCCCUCUGGCUUUCACAAUUGCCCACGAGCUGGGACACAGCUUCGGCAUCCAGCAUGAUGGGAAAGAGAAUGACUGUGAGCCCGUGGACAGGCACCCCUACAUCAUGUCCCGCCAGCUCCAGUACAACCCCACGCCGCUGACGUGGUCCAAGUGCAGCAAAGAGUACAUCACCCGCUUCCUGGACCGAGGCUUGGGGUUCUGUCUUGAUGACAUACCCAAAAAGAAAGGCUUGAAGUCCAAGGUCAUUGCUCCUGGAGUGAUCUAUGAUGUUCAUCACCAGUGCCAGUUGCAGUAUGGCCCCAAUGCCACCUUCUGCCAGGAGGUAGAAAAUGUUUGCCAGACCCUGUGGUGCUCAGUGAAAGGCUUUUGUCGCUCUAAGCUGGAUGCUGCUGCUGACGGGACACGAUGUGGUGAGAAGAAGUGGUGUAUGUCUGGCAAGUGCAUCACAGUGGGGAAGAAACCAGAGAGCAUUCCUGGAGGCUGGGGCCGCUGGUCCCCCUGGUCCCACUGUUCCAGGACCUGUGGGGCCGGAGUCCAGAGUGCAGAAAGACACUGCAACAACCCUGAACCAAAGUUCGGAGGGAAGUACUGCACAGGUGAAAGGAAGCGCUACCGCUUGUGCAGCGUGCACCCCUGUCGCCCCGACACCCCGACAUUUCGACAAAUGCAGUGCAGUGAGUUUGACACUGUUCCCUACAAGAAUGAAUUCUACCGCUGGUUUCCAGUGUUCAAUCCAGCACAUCCUUGUGAGCUCUACUGCCGACCCAUAGAUGGCCAGUUUUCUGAGAAAAUGCUGGAUGCUGUCAUUGACGGUACCCCUUGCUUUGAAGGCGGCAACAGCAGAAAUGUCUGUAUUAAUGGCAUAUGUAAGGCUGUGGGCUGUGACUAUGAGAUCGACUCCAGUGCCACCGAGGAUCGCUGUGGUGUGUGCCUGGGGGAUGGCUCUGCCUGCCAGACCGUGAGGAAGGUGUUCAAACAGAAGGAAGGAUCUGGUUAUGUUGACAUUGGACUCAUACCAAAGGGAGCAAGGGACAUACGGGUAAUGGAGAUUGAGGAAGCUGGAAACUUUUUGGCCAUCCGGAGUGAAGACCCGGAAAAGUAUUACCUCAAUGGAGGAUUUAUUAUCCAAUGGAAUGGGAACUACAAGCUGGCAGGGACGACCUUUCAGUAUGAUAGAAAAGGAGAACUGGAGAAACUGAUGGCCGCAGGUCCCACCAAUGAGUCGGUGUGGAUCCAGCUUCUAUUCCAGGUGACCAACCCUGGCAUCAAGUAUGAGUACACAGUCCGGAAGGAUGGCCUUGACAAUGACGUAGAGCAGCUGAUGUACUUCUGGCAGUAUGGCCGCUGGACAGAGUGCAGCGUGACGUGUGGGACAGGUGUCCGCCGCCAGACUGCCCACUGCAUGAAGAAAGGCCACGGCAUGGUGAAAGCUACAUUCUGUGACCCAGAAACACAGCCAAACGGUAGACAGAAGAAGUGCCAUGAGAAGGAUUGCCCACCCAGGUGGUGGGCCGGUGAGUGGGAAGCGUGUUCAACAACAUGUGGCCCCUACGGAGAGAAGAAACGAAUCGUGCUGUGCAUCCAGACCAUGGGCUCCGAUGAGCAGGCCCUCCCGGCUAAAGAUUGCCAACACUUGCUAAGGCCCAAGACUCUCAUUUCCUGCAACAGAGACAUCUUGUGUCCAUCAGACUGGACAGUGGGCAAUUGGAGUGAGUGUUCUGUUUCCUGCGGUGGUGGAGUGCGGACUCGCAGCAUCACCUGUGCCAAGAACCACAAUGAACCUUGUGAUGUAACAAGGAAACCCAACAGCCGAGCUCUCUGUGGCCUCCAGCAAUGCCCGUCUAGCCGGAGAUUUCUGAAACCUAACAGAGGCACAAUUUCCAGUGGGAAAAAGCCACCACCAUCUGAGAAAGACCCGGUACAGCCCGUGGCUCCAACUACAGCCAGUCCCAGAAUGUUGACCACAGCCACAGUGCCUAAGCCUGUGAGCACCAGUUCGCCAUCAACCAGCAGUCCUACACCUACCACAGCCUCUAAAGAGGGAGACCCAGGUGGCAAACAAUGGCCGAAUGGUUCAGCCCAAACUGAAUUGGAUCCCUAUUACGUCAUUUCCACUGAAAGUACUUCCCAGCCCACUCUCCCUUCCUGGACUUUAAGUGUUCUGCCCACAGCAGAGAUGGCUGGCACAUCAGACACUGCUCCUACCUCAGGAGAUCUUGUAACCACCACAGUGACCGGUUCUGACUUGUCAUCUUCCAGCAACCCUGUCACCUGGCAGGUGACUCCAGCUCCUAGUCCUGUGACCAAAGAGCCCGAAAUAGAGAUUCACAGUGGCUCAGGGGAAGAUAGUGAACCACCCGAGAAGAAAAAUGAAAGCAGCUCUAUAACCUGGACCAAAAUCAGAGUACCUGCAAAUGAUGCUUCAGCAGAAAUGCCACUUGGCCCCCCACCAACACCUCAUCUCAAAGGGGCACCUUUGUGGCCGCCCUUCAGCACAGUGAUGGCAGGACUGCUACCCAGCCAAAGACCUACCACUCUCAAAAGUGGUGCACCCAGAGCCGAGAGGGUGGUCACUGAGAAGCCGGCUAGUACUCCACUCCCUCAGGGAGGAAACCUCAGGCCUGAACCCACAGAAAAGUCGGUGAGCCAUGACCCCUCAGAACUUCCAAGCGAUGUGAAUCUAACGCACAGUUCGGCACCAGUCCUGACUGAGGAGGAUGCAACAAGUCUGAUCGCUGAGGGCUUUCUGCUGAAUGCUUCCAGCUACCAGCAGCUCCUGACGAGCCGCGGCCCUGCCCGCUGGAUUGUUGGGAACUGGAGUGAGUGCUCCACCACGUGUGGGCUGGGGGCCUACUGGCGAAGCGUGGAGUGCAGCACCCAGGUGGAGUCAGACUGUGCUGCUCUGCAGAGACCCGACCCAGCUAAGAAAUGCCACCUCCGCCCCUGCGCCAGCUGGAAAGUGGGAAACUGGAGCAAGUGCUCCAGAAACUGCAGCGGAGGCUUCCAGAUCCGGGAGAUCCAGUGUGUGGACAGCAAGGACCGCAGGAGCCUGAGGCCAUUUCACUGCCAGUUCCUGGCGGGCAUCCCUCCCCCGCUGAGCAUGAGCUGCAACAUGGAGCCCUGUGAGGAGUGGCAGGUGGCGCCCUGGAGCCAGUGUUCCAGGUCCUGUGGGGGCGGAGUGCAGGAGAGAGGGGUGACUUGUCCAGGAGUCCUCUGUGACUGGUCAAAAAGGCCCACGUCUACCACACCUUGCAAUGGGCAGCCUUGCUGUCACUGGGUCACUGGAAACUGGAGCCUGUGCACGGCUUCCUGUGGAGGUGGCUUUCAGAAGAGGACCGUCCAUUGUGUCUCCUCCGAGGACAAUAAAACCGAAGAUGAAGACCGAUGCCUGUGUGACCAUGAGUCCAGACCUCCAGAAUUGCGAAAAUGCAGCCAGCAGGCCUGCAGGAAGAGUGCUGAUUUACUCUGCACCAAGGACAACUUAUCAGUCAGUUUCUGUCAGACACUAAAAACCAUGAAGAAAUGUUCUGUGCCCACCGUGAGAGCUCAGUGCUGCCUCUCGUGUUCCCAGACACGCGUCCAUACCCAAAGGCUGAGAAAACUGCCAUUGCUCAAGAACCCCAGAGCACGCUGAGACUAGAAGGGAACCCCCCCCCCCCCAGAGACUGCAGCUGCCUGCUGACCAGGCCAUGUUCUAGCUCCAGGACCACUUCAUCCAGGUUAUACUAUGUCGAGGUUUUCAAGUCCAACUUUGGGUCAUAAAAAACCAAAAUCCAUUGUGUUCCUUUACCCAAAAUCCAAACUGUCUCUCACAGGAGGCCUGGACUAUAAUACUUGCUGCUCCUGCAAGAAAGGGAAACACUCCAGAAGAAUUGGGAAUCUCCUGGGAUCAGCUUCUGGGAAAGGUGCCAAAGUAGGCCAGUGUGUGACAUGAUCCCACCCCUAGAAUGUGGGUGCCCCCCACCCCUAAAGAUAAAAACAAACCAGGUUUUCCCCGGACUACCUCAGGAGAUUCAGGAAACAGCCACACAUAUUCAGGGGACAGGUUAUUUUGUUCCUUUAUCUUAGAGAAAUCAUCCUUUUGUUUUUCUUCUCUGCUUAGGGACAGGUCCUGUUUAAAAUGUCAUGGAAAGCUUUGAGGAAUCUUCCUCUAAUUCAUCCAGGCAGAGGAUGUAUUCUCCACCCAAGCAUUCAGUUGGGGCAGGGAGAGAAUGUGCUGGCUACGCCCCUCUGUCUACCCCAAAUCCUUGUAGACUCCACCACUGGGCUGUUUAAGCUUCUAUGACUGCCUGGAGACACCAGGAUAAAAGGGCUGAAGCUACAGGACUGAGUAAAUCAAAGGGGUUUUGGUUAGUUAUAUGGAAGACAUUCCUUGAUGUCUUGAGGAUAAUUUCUAUGAAAUCUCGUAAGCAGAUGAAAUCAACUCCUUGCUAGUAUAAGAAAGGGAAUGUGGGCCCUCAUUCUUCCCACUUUCCAGACAGAUGCCCAUUCCUUUGCAGAAGAGCAAAUGUAUCUUCCUGUCUCAUUUUCCCUCUCCAGAAUAUCUCUGCCUAAGCCAUCAACUCAGAUUGGACCAUCAGUUUCCUGCUGGGGAUUAAUAUACAACUCUGUAGCCAACUCCAGACCUGCCACCAGCUACCACCACCCCUAGACUGGAAAACGGAGCUCUAGAUUAAAAUACUUCAAAGAACCAGGUAUAUUUAUGAAGCAUAAAAACUUAGUACAAACUUCUGAUCUUGAGACUAAAACUUAACAAAAAUGAGGUCAAGAUGACCUACUCCUCAGUGAACCCAAUAGUUACUUUUGAGGGUUUAUUUCCUUGGGGGCAACUGGUGAGUCAGAGGAGUCCAGAAGAGCUGACACGAAAGCUAGACUGCUAAUCCUGGGUGUUCCCGCUACCCAUCAGGAGCCCCGGGAGACCACAGGCAGAGCAAAGUUCCUGGUUUCUGAGAGGAGGUACUUUCAUGACCUGAAAUGAGGGGGAGGGUGGGCAAGCAGGACCUCAAGGAGCAGAAGUCCUCAGAACCAGCCCUGACAGGCAAAGGCAGAGCUGUGGCCUCCAGGUGAUGGGCAGCACAGGUUCAGACUCACACACAGGUGCAGUUAAUAUUCACGUGGGACAAGUGUCCUACAUUGCCCUUGAAUUAUCGAUCCGUUCAGCAGAAUGGUGCUAUUGAAAACGGUGCUCAUGGCCAGACGGUGGCAGAACUAAUAUAAACACACAGAUGUGCAGGUGGGCGAGUCCAUCUCCAUCUUCUGUUAAGUGUGUGAUGGUGUUGCUGGCCAAUGCCCAUUGUAUUACAUGGAUAUCAGAAGCUUCAAGUUUUUAUAUUGUGUGCUUUUUAUUUUUUUUUAAACCAUCCAUAUGUCUUAUUUUGUAAAUUCCUAGGAAAAAAAACAACAUUGGGGGUGGGAUGAAAUUUGAGCUAGACCAGAAACAGGAGGAAAGUAGAAAUGUUUACCUAAAGCCAGGGAAUUUAUUUCUAGAUAACGAUUACAUUCUUACAUUCUCUGUCUUUAAAUAUAAACAUUGCUGGCCGAUGACAGUAUCUGGUGAAACAACAGUUGUAGACAGACGAUACUUAAAUUGUUAGUGACAUAACAGGAGGAGAACCUAAUUUUUUCUCAUGAGAUAAUUCACAAAGGCUGUCCCCGAGUGCAGUGUAGACUCUCGGCGGGAUUGCAUGAGCCAGGUUGAACUUAACGUGGUCCUGUGCUCUCUGGAGUCAGACUUGUCAUCAGAGACCUGGAAAUGACCAGCAAAACUCAGGAACAAACCCAGAUUCCUACUGACCUCAACAACUGAAGUAGACCAGACUUCCGGUACACAAAAUGUAUCAUGUGCUAACCCAAGUGGUGGGGAAGAUGGUGAACAUGUAAGGAAGGUCCGUCCAGGUACAAAAUUCUAGGCCUCUCUCAAAUGCACAAUAUUGGCCCCUAAUUGUGUGCCAUGGACUUUCACGUCCUGUAUUGAGGCUGUGUCAUGAGGUGACAGUAUGGCUUCUGGCCUUCUGGAUCUGCAGAUUGAGAGAGCACUUGAUGUUGGGGUCACCUGGCACGUUGAUUGUUCCCAUGACCACCACUCAGCUUUGGGUCACCAGGGACCUGAGACUAACAGGGGACUCCCAAGACAGGAACCAGGUGGUGUCUUCACCAUCUCGAUGUUCACGGGAGUAGCAGGAGGUAGAUUUGUUGGUUUGUUUUAUUCAUGUUCACCUUUUCUUCCCACCUUGAGCCAACAACUGAGAAAUGUAGCAUUGAGACACACUGGAUUCACAUCUAUCACGAACCAGGGAAGUCUGCCACGGGGCCUGGUGCUUAAAUACAUGAAGUUUCUCAAAACCAGUUGGGUUUACAUUCCUGUUUGCAGAGGUAGAGUUAGCUCUUCUCUGAACAGUCAUUAGUCCUUAAACAUGGAAACAUAAUUAAAUAGGCCAUAAGAGAAUUGUAUUUGAAAAGCUAAAUAUUACACUUUUCCUAAAACGGGGGAAUCAUUUUUUAAUACAAAGAAUUGCUUCUUAGGAUUGACUAACUUUAUAAUGGUUUUCUUAAGAAAGGGCACACCUCCACCCACUCUCCUGAGCCACCCUAGGUCUCCAAUUGCACCCCAACAGAUAUUUAGUGACUGCUUUUGAUAACUUUCAUAAGAUUUCUGAAAUAAAAUUGGAGGGAUUUGUUUCAGAUCAUAAUUUCCCAUUCAACUGAGUAAAAUCUUCCAAACUCUGAAAGCUACACAUUCCCACCCCAGAGAUUGCAGGUGAUAACUCUUCUCCCUUCUGACUUUAAGAUGAAGCCCUGGAACUGUUUAUCUGGUGCUCAGUGCCUGGCAAUUCAUUUUUAAGAGCGAGACCACGUGACAAGAACUGCCUGGUGCUACCAUUUAGCCAACAUAUCUGAUACUACUCUUGUUUUUAUAUUGCUAAUAACUCUAGUAUUGUAUUAUUACUAAAUUGUGUCAUUUACAAAACAUGGUUGGGGAAGCACAAUUCUCCCUGUAUCUUCCAAAGUGGGUGUGUGAUGUGCAUGGCCCAACCCAACACCCUCCCUGCAUCUCUGUCCUGCUUUGCCAGGCCCAGCCUCUUUCUGGGGUAUUUCAUUAGGUACCUCAAUGUGUAAAACCAAACUUAAUCAUAGCCUGGCUUUGUGGGGCAUCAAUAAACAGCCAAACUCACUGAUGUCUCCUUGUGAUUCAUUUGCCCUGCUGUGAGACCCCCACCACCCGCCUGUUUUACCCUGGAACAUGAUAGCUUGGAGGAUGAUGCUAUCAAUU